AUGGUAUCCCCACCAUGGUUUCCCGUAGAGCAAUUCCAGCGCACGCGCACCUGUCGUGUGCCGCCAAUCACCAGACAGUGUAAGUAUGGUGUAGCAUGGGGACGGUUAAGCAGUAGGUAUCACAAAAACAACAACAAUGAUCACAACACUAUCUCACCCAUUGUGGCGGAACAUCCGCGUGUUGGUGGUGCUGGUGGUGACUGUGACGGCGAUCGGGCGGGUGGCCGUUGGACGCCGCGCACGACGUCGCCGCCACGCCGUACUUGUACGAAAAGUGAU